AUGCACUGUCGUGUGGAAUUCAUUGAAGAAUCGGUUACAAAUCCUUCGAGCUUCCUAGCAAAACUGAACUUGCUGAUGCCAGCAGAAAUGGGCGACAAGUCGAUAACAGAAUUGACGAACCUGAAGGUCGCAAAAAACUUGAAGAAGCCUAGGGAAAACUGCAUUUUCCCUGUACAAAUACGACAGGAAGCUGCCUUCUAUGUGCCUUCGCGCGCGCCUCUGACUGGAAAACCCUUCGAAUUUACAGUGAUAUUUAAGAAACUACAUAUCCCGAAGCAGAAGUACGAACAAUUAAACAACACAGAUAUUUGCCACGGACUCAUGAACCUAUCCGCCGGAAUAAUAACAAAUUGCACCAACAUCAGAUCUGGGAAUGUAUACGUUAUUGCUUCUGUUCAAAGCGGCCUAACUGAAGGCUCUGUCUACGAAGCGCAACUUCAGCUUAUGGUCCAGCUAAACGCAAAGACUCCAAAUGCGUGCUCGUUCAAUGUGGUGCCCAAGACGAUCUCCAAGGGUUACUAGACAAAAUACGGAAACUUACUUUGCUAUAAACGACUGCUUAAACGAACAGGUGUGAAAAGAACUACUUUUGCUCAAACUUUUAAUUGUUAAGGCGUUACUCGCAAUUUGUCAUAAAUGUAACCAUUACUCUCCCCGUCAAUAUGCAUGUGACACAUUAGCUGCGAAUGCUUGGGGAAAAUGAAGCUCAUAUAUACA